UCCCGCGUGAUUUGGCUGGCGGGUGAUUCCUGGUAGUGACGUACGGCUGGCCCGGCUCUCGAUGUGUGGCAGGCAUUCCGUCUGAGGACGGUGGCGUUGGGUUCCUAGUCACCUUACUUCGUUUUUUUUCCGGUAGUUCCGUUGGGUGCUGCGCGGUGCGCACACGGGCACACAGACAGUCUGGCGGUCUCGCGCUGUGUAUCUGUUGUUGGACUCUGUCGGUUGGCGAGUUCCCGAGUGGAAGGAGUUUGUAGUCGCAGCCCUAGGCGUCCGCGUCUCGCCCUUACCGGUCGUCUGUCCUCGGUUCUCCGGAGUCGGUACAGGCACUUUCAAUGAACUGCUCGAUCUCAAAGUUCUGUGCUGAAAGCAGUCCUACAUUUAUGGCGAUUGUGAGUGUGGAAGCGGAAUUCUGCCAGGCCCAGCACGGUGUCUUGGCCAACAAAUAAACUGUAUGCAAGAAACUUCUAGAGAGAGUCUCUGGCUGCUAGAUGCCUGCUCAAUUUUGAAGAAAGGAUCUUUUAUCUGGAAUGUACAAGUCACCAUAUCACUGAAACAGAGCCUUUUUGUAAGCACUUCCAAACUUCUGGGAGCAGUAUAACUUGUGCAUCUUUUGCGACAUUGGAUGCACAGUGGAGUAAAGCAUGAAAUAAAUCCAUCUCUUGGCGUUAGUCUCCCUUCCCCUGUGGAAGAUCACAAUUAACUGAAAACACAGUUAAUAAAGAUCGAUGGUCUACAUCUGAGCCAACAUUUGGAGGAAAAAUUUCCCCUUCAAUUUUUAAUUUUAUUUUGCUGUUCCUAUCUUGGGUACUUUAUUUUUCUGUUUAAUUUGGUUUUCACUUGUCUGACAUCAUGAACCGCCCAGCACCUGUGGAAAUUACUUAUGAGCACAUGAGAUUCUUAAUUACCCACAAUCCAACAAACAGUACACUCAACAAAUUCACAGAGGAACUGAAGAAGUAUGGUGUAAUCACACUGGUGAGAGUAUGUGAUGCAACAUACGAUAAAGCUCCUGUUGAAAAGGAAGGAAUUGAAGUCUUGGACUGGCCUUUUGAUGAUGGAGCACCACCCCCUACUCAGAUAGUUGAUGACUGGCUCAACCUUUUAAAAAACAAAUUCCGUGAAGAGCCAAAGUGUUGCAUUGCAGUACACUGCGUGGCUGGACUUGGAAGGGCUCCUGUUCUGGUGGCUCUCGCUCUGAUUGAGGGAGGUAUGAAGUAUGAAGACGCAGUUCAGUUUAUACGACAAAAGAGACGAGGUGCAUUUAAUUCAAAACAGCUGCUUUACCUUGAGAAGUAUCGUCCUAAAAUGCGCCUUCGCGUAAAAGAUUCUGGCUGCUGCGUUCAGUAGAAGACAGAAUAUGGAACAGUCUGAAUUAUUUGGACUUUUUUGCCUAAAAAUGUGAACAUGAAAUGUAGCUGCAUUGCUGUGAUGGUUUACAGACUGAACUGCCACAUCUUGGAGCUAAAAUAAAAUUGUUUUGCUAAUGUGA